GAAAAAAGCGCAGCGUUUGUACGUUACGUUACUGUUGUUAAAUCUACUCAUUGAUUUUUGUGUUUCAUGUUGUUAUCCUGGACUUUGUAGUUUCUGAUUUGUUAUCAGAUGAAAUUGCUUAAUUUCAUGACAACCUACUUAUUGUUUGCAACUUAGAUUGCUGCACACUUUGAUCUGAGGUUUCAUCUGGCAAACGGAGUUGGUAAGUGACGUGUUUUAUAACUCUUUGUAGAAAACACUGAAUCGUCAUUGAGAUGUCAAAUAAGAUUUAGUUUGUAAAUUUUUCCUGUUACAUUCUCCCACUCUCAAAUGGUUGUAGACGGUACAGAUUAAUUCCACACCGCUAAAGCAUACUUCGGCACCAACCGUAGAGUUUUCAACCACUUAAAAAUUGACACUUUUAUAUAGCAAAAGUUUAAGCAUCGAGGCUGGGAAAUCACAGUGUAGAAAAAUUUCGAUAUAUCUGGUGAAUUAUCAAUCAUAAUCGAAAGUAUUGGGAGUUGGAGAUUAGGCCAAAUGUUCUCCUCAGAUUAUGAUGGUUGUGAGUCUGACAGUAGUUCAUCCAGUGAUUUGUGUUAUGACAACAGAAGUGUCAAUGCGAUCGAGAUCUCCAAAGCUAAAGCUAUGGAGUUUGAUGAAUUAAUGAACAAAGAGCUUGAUUUACUGAUCAGAAGCGUUCACCAUAAAGCAACGGAUUUGAAAACAGGAAAAAAGCAAAAUAAAAAUCUCAGAGUGAGAUUUGAAAAGGAUCAUGACGAUGACGAUGACUUUCCAGUAGAUAAAGAUCCACUUUGCGAUUAUGAAGAAGAUGAGGCUAAUGCUAAAUGGGUGCAAGAAAAUCUCCCUGGAGGGAAGAGCGAGAAAUCUGAUGCCAUCCUUAACUGUCCUGGAUGUAUGUCUGUGUUAUCUCUAGUUAGUCAUAGGCACCCACAUUUCAAGACACAAUAUUAUACAGAAUACCCUAUCAAUUGUAUUGUGGACGAAACUCAAAUCAUAUCUCGAACGAUAUCAAAACCACAAAAUGCGAAAAAAUCUCCAGAAAGCAGUUUGAAAUCAAACCGGAAUGUCAUGAAGCAAUAUCACCCGGUCACUUGUAAAGUAUGCGGUAAUUCAGUCGGAUGUAAGGAAAUCCAGACCAAUAUGAUCUACUUCAAUGACAUACUUGCAAGUCAUAGUUAACCGAAGGGACUUUUUGCACAGGAUAAGUGGUAUGGCUACUUAAUAAUAUUAAGUAGCUUGUUCCGAGUAACAUCAAUUCAUGGACCAGGCUUUUUGCGAACAACUUUAUUUCACUGUUUAUAACUGAUAACAGUAAAAUCUAUUUGUCCAGAAGUAUUCCCUGACGAGAGUGAUUUGGCUUAGUAGAUGCAAACGAAAAACUAUGGUAUAAUCUCAGAACACAACUUAUAUAAAUUGUUUGAUAUCAUUUGUAAAAGUAAACAAUAUCUAUCCAUAGGCAUAUGCAUUUGUCUGCUUACCACUACUCAAGCUCUAGCUAUCUUCAAUUCCAAGCUGAUUCUGCGUCUACGUUAAAUAGGCUUUAAGAUCUUUUUUAACGUCUGAGCCCUGGUUCCUUAUACACUUUCAUAUUCUUCUUUCUCUGACUUUGUUUUUCCUAAACUUCAAGGGUAUUUCUUUCUGAGUGCAGUAUAAUUUGUUAUGUUUGACAUAGAUUUACAAAUGUUAUUUUUAUCUCGUAACAUUUCAUAUUCACAAUGACAUUGAUUCACAUAAUUUGAAGGAAAAUUCUACCAUAAUCUCUUACAUGUGCUCGAUCUUUAGCCUUGUAUAAUUUUCGUAUUUUCUGAUUAUUUUGACUAUUCAUAUAUUGUAUUUUAUUCAGUGGUAUUGACCUUACUCCACAAGUUAACGAAAUCAUAUUAUUAUCAUUUAGAUUAUAAUUUCAUAUAUAUUGGUACAUCAUUUGAAAAUAAAGUCGUCACAAUGAUGAUUUUUUUGUCGA